GCGGCGGGGCUUGCGCCAGAGGCGGGCUUGACCAAAGUGCAUCUCCUCACCACUGCACGGCAGCAGUUGUCACCGCGGCGCAGUCUGCAUAGCAGCGUGCAUUCCACGGCCCUUGCGCGGUGCAUUUGGCCCCAGGAGCUGUCGUCCUCCCGCUACCUUCUCCUCCCCGUGCGCUACAGUUUUCUCCUCGUCUCUCUCUCUCCGCCUGUCCACCUCUCUCGACAUGUGGCCCAGAGUCGGGCUGCUCGUCGCCUCGCUGGCAUGUGGGGCAUUCAGUUCAUGUCCCAGCAAGACCUUCACAGAUGAUGGCACAUGCUGCUUGGAGUGUCCGCCCGGCAUGGGAGUGGCGGAGCCGUGUCAGGGACACAACAACACACAGUGCCAGCCCUGCCUUGACAGCGUGACGUUCUCUGCCACAGAGAGCCACGUGGAGGAGUGCGUGCCCUGCUCGCUGUGUCCCGCACGGAUGCGCGUGCAUGCGCCCUGCACCAGCACGGAGGACACGGUGUGCGAGUGCAGCAGCGGGCUGUUCGCGAACCCGCAGGAUGGGGCGUGCAUCGAGUGCCACGUGUGCCCGCCGGGCUUCGGCGUCGUCGUGCAGUGCUCCCCCGACGAGGACUCAUCGUGCGCGCCCUGCAUGUCCGGCUUCUACUCGGAGGAGAGCAGCGAUGUGGAGCCCUGCAUGCCGUGUUCAUCCUGCUCCGAGGACCAGGAGGUGCAGCAGGAGUGCACGAGUAGCGCAGACACCAAUUGUGUUGACAAAGAUCCAGAGCAAGGCGAUUCACUGCCGAGCAACCAAGAUAUUUUUCCAAGUGACCACGACUACAUCCCGCAAGAUCCCUUCCCACAAGACCCCUUUCCUGAAGACCCCAUUUCAGAAAAUCCAUUCCCAGAUGAGAACCCUCCUGACAAAACCAAUGAUGACGAGGAGGACGACGACGACGAGGAGGAGGAGAAGGAAGAGGAGGAAGGCUCCGAGGAGAGUGGUCACGCAGUCAAUGGGACAAACGGAACGCCGUCAAACAGCCAAGAGCCGCUGGGUGACCAUUCCCGCGACAUCAUCCCCGUCUACUGCUCCAUCAUGGCGGCUGUUGUGGUGGGACUGGUGGCGUACGUCGUCUUUAAGCGGUGGCACAGCUGCAAGAACGUCCAGGGCAGCAAGGCGCGUGGCGAGUACAGCCAGGCGGCCGACGGGGAGAAGCAGCACCAAGACAGCGGUGUGUUUGUGGACGUGCAGAACGCACAGGAGCAACAGCAGCCUCAAUCUGCAGCAGGCAACGCGGCGGCAGGCACGAAGUGGCUAUACGACGCGCUGCCCCCCCACAAGCAGGAGGAGGUGGAGAGGCUGCUCCUGGGGGCGUCCGGCACCGGCGCCGACGAUGCCACCGACUGGAAGGGCCUUGCGGCCGCGCUGGGCUACGCCGAGGCCGAGAUCGCGGAGUUGUCCGAGGGCGAGCGACCAGCGCACGCGCUCCUCGCCGGGUGGUCGUCCCGCGAGGGAGCCAGCGAGGAUCUGCUGCUGGACGCGCUGGGGCGCCUGCAGCGCAGCGACGUCGUGGCCACGCUCCGCGCAGAGACCAGCGCCGUGUCCGUCGUGUGAGGAUGGGGUUGGGGGGGGGGGCAUUCGUUGCGGUCACGACGCCCAUGUCCCCAAGGAGGGAGGUGGGGUGGAGGCUGAGCGACGCCGUACGGCUUCGGGGGGAAAUCAUCAGCAAGAUAUGUCGACCCAAGACGAGAGCCCUCUGGGGCGUGGUGUGGCCACGGCUGGUCUCAUGUCCCCCAAUUUGGUGGUUGCUCCCAGGACCGGCCCUAGACCUUUGGGGGCCCUAAGCAAAAUUUGGUUGGAGGCCCCUUUGAUGUAUGAUUUUUUUCACCCACUAGCUAGCAGUGACUCUAGGGGGCCCUCUGCUGGCCACGGGGCCCUUUGCAAUUGCAAGGGUCGCUUAGUGGCUGGGCCGGUUCUGGUUUCUCCCCUACACAGGCCCGCAGUGAUCACGUCAAGCUUUGGCCCACCCCCCUCUCCGCCGCCACCAGGCAAACCACCAGAGAUGCGUGCAUUUAAUGUCGCGUCUUUGUUUGAAGGAAACUUUUGUCUUCUGAGCGCGGUUGAAACCGAUUUAGUUUGUUACAUUCUCGAAUCUCGGCCUGUUUCAAAGAAAGAAAAAAAAGUUACUAAUACUUCACUGUUUUAUCAUCUACUGUAACCUUUCUCUUCUGCAUUAAGAUUAUAUCUUGUUCCGUAUUUUUUUUGUUUCAUGCUCCCAAAUGUACGUAUGUUGAACUUCUUUCGCACACUUUGUAGCCAACCGUGCUAAUCGGAGGUGCAAAAUGACACCUUUUAGAUAAAUAAUGGCCAAAGUAGCUUCACGCAAAUAUUCGUUGUAAACCUGCGGGAUGAUUAUGAGAUAAAUUAGGUGAAAUGCAAGUGUUCCCUUAAGCUCCACACACCAUAUAUCUCAUUAAGUAGUGUUAAUUUACAUUGCAUAUAAGGAAUAACAGUGCUAUGCAUUGUAAAUACAAUUCCCACAAAUUUAGGGAUACAAACUUUCAAUUUUAGACAGUUGCCAGGUAUGGGGUUAAAGUCUUAACUCCACGGCACGUGUCACUGUCAAAUAAUUAUAAAAUAAACAAACAAAUGUGACCCCCAUGCUAACCCUCACCUGUUAUUAACCCAGUAAUUGCUUGUUAAUACUCAGACCUAGCAAAGUUGCCCUUGAUCUCCGAAUGUUAAUUGUUAACCAGAAAACGCCAUACACAUCUGUGUAAAUAUCUGCUCACUCUUAAUGCAGCCAAAUCCAUCUGCCUCCUAUUAAGUCAACUAUUUUUUUUCUCUGUUUUUGUAGUCAGAAUAAUAAUUAAAAAAUCCUAAAUUAUCGUUUUGUAUAUUUACCCUUCUUAAACAAUGCAUGGAAAAAUGGGAUACGUUUCUUGCGAUGUCAGUUUAAAGCUCUAAAUAGAACUAAAAACUAAGUGAUCAGGCAAUCUUUUUUUAAAGCUAACAAUUACAUGACCAAUCAAUGAAAACUGCAGAAAUUGUGCCGUUUGAGUGGUUCUCUGUGCAUGUUAAUGGAAAGGUAUCCGCAUGAUGAGAGUUGAACAUUUAUCGGGUGGCCACGACCUGCGAGAUCACUUGGACGCUCUAGAGCCCAUGCAUUACCGACAUCCGCAUCGCACGCUCGACACGCCGUCUUGUCCGCAUUGGGUUGCAAUCUGACCCAACGAUGCUGCCUUAAAUGUCGACGAACAAAUGUCAAUCGCUGCAUUAAUUUGCAACUUUUUUUUUAUUCUUCUGGAAACCGCAAAAAAACAGAACAUACAUUUGUUGGACGUUGUAUCCGUGCUUUCCCAUGUGCGCGUUGUGUGUACAUUUGUAUGCAAAUAACUUACACUAUCAACGUUUAUAAAGACAUGUAAAUUAAAAAAUGCUGUUUACAUUCAGCUAUUUUUUUCUGAAAUUGAAUAAUUCCAAAUGGUGUGUUUGUAUGAAGGUUUAAAGUGAAUGUUGUAUGAAGAAGCUCUGGGUUUUCUCCCUAUUUCAUGGCUGAUGAGGAUGAUAUGACACUUGAAUGAUGCAUUAUAUAUGGGGAAGCAGAAUUAUCAAUAGGCGUUUAUUUGUCACGAUUCAUGGAUUUCAGAAAACAAAUAUGCUUCGCGUAUUCUCCCGCUUAAUUCCAUAGGUGCAAUUAAGGUGACAAGACAUGAAUUGUACACGGAGUAAUUGUCUGUAGUAUCGAUGCAAACAUUUAUUAGAUCGUACAUUCAGGUGUAAUUGGAGAUAGUACAGUAAUAGGGAAAACAUACUGUACUGUCGUUGCAAUGUUAACACGUGCAACAUACAGCACACGUGCUUCAGUAAACAUGUAUUUCAACCAGCCAACAAUUACCAAACUCAAUCCGAGGCUCUCCUUUUAUGCUAUGGAAGGUAAACAGAAUUUUUCCAGAUUUUUUUUUUAACGUUAGUACAACCCACUGUGUUUUGCGAACCACACUUUGACAAUUGUUCGACUAUUUGUAUAUGCUUUAGCAGUCAGUUUUCAAACUCAGGAUUCACCAUUUACUUAUACCGUUUCACGGCCAUCGGCACUGCUUGCGAGCUUUGUGCCAUUGCAUUUAACGAUUUUGUAUCAGUACCCAAAACCAACCAUACUACAGGGAUGCAACCACACUCCUUAUCGCUGUAAUCACAGAUUUAAAGGGGAUCAAAUUAUAAUGCUGCUUGUGUUAUUUACUUCAGUGGCAUGGCAAGGGAAGCAUACACAUGUCCAUCACUGGGUUAGGAUAUUGGAUAUGAAAAAUUUAACAUCAUGCAUUAUCACUGCAUCCGGCUAUGUCUCAUUAUAAGCCAGAUGUUUCAGUGUAGCAUGUAUAUCAUUACGUAUGUCUUGAUUGCAGUAUAUAGCUUCUAUGACUUGCGAAAUAGGACGAAGGGCCAUGGUCAUCAGAUAUUCUGUGUUUUGGAUAAUCUUCACACAGUCAACCUUAAUAUUGUAUCUAAAUGUGUUUAUACACCUUAGCCAGCUUCACGCUCUUAAUACUCUCAUGUAUUUACGGCCGUAUCUUUAUUACAAGUAAAACAGUAUAUGACAUGAUACCACCAAAUUUCUUCAACUUCAAAAUGCACGAUUCUAAUUAAGCGGCGUCCACACGAAAGAAGUUAACCAUUCCAGACAAUGGCUUAUCAAAUGUGGCAUCUGUGCUGCAGAACGUGGGACACGUUUUGUUGUCCAAUGUACUUCAAUGUUGAUAUUAGAUAUUGAGCUGAACCUUCACUAACAUCCAUCAGUGGUGGGAGCAUGCGUCCAGCCCAGGCCCCUACUCACAUGGCUCCCAUCUGGUCACCCAAUAAUAAUUCCCCCGGCACGAAAGUAACCGGAGAAUGAUCCAAUUAUAGAUGCCCAUCAAAACGAUAGGAAGGCAUUAUAGAUAUAUAUUUUUUAUUUUUUUUCAAAGCCACUUAGUUUCACAUAAAAAUGUUAAUAAUCUCCUCUGUAAUACAUGGAGCCCUCUCUUUCAAAAUAUCCAGUCACCUGCUGGGAAUACAAAUGGUAAUGAGAAAUCAGUGGGGUAUCUAUAAAUGUACUAUAAAUAUAUUUAGUCAAGGUAGUCUGUCGACUUUGGAGGCUUACAUUCUGCAGCACAAUACCAACCUUUUGCCUCCCACUCUCGCUUCACGCCACUACUAGGCAAUCUCACGUCAGGCACAGAUACGACGCUGCCAAGGCAGCAUCGAUUAAUUCUACACAUUGCUCUCACUGAUUUGUCUUUCUCCACUGCUGGCCACAUCGUCACUAAGGGAACACCACCUGUACGUGCAGACGGCAUACGCCAUAAUGCAACUCGGAGGCUCUCGGAAUGCAAGAUGUAUGUAACCAUGACUUUAUUGAGAAUUGAAAAGAAGCGUGAGAAGAAAGCAAGUCGAGCUGGAAAGCCAAUCUGCCAAGCAUACGUUGUUUUCUCUUCGUGGGCAUGAUUUGCAGUGUGUGACAAUGUGCGAUGGCACAUUGUCGUUGAUCACAACGGCUGUUUGGGUGUCGAAUGUUACAUUCAAUAGCCCAGUUAUGCCGUUCGUGGAAGAUGGGGAGGUGGGGAGAUGGCACAAGGCAACAAAGAAAGUCACGUGAUCAGAGAGACUGGAACUGCGAUUCCCAUGGCAGGUGAUGCAUUCAUCUAAAAGUGAAACAAUAAAAGUUCAAGUUUUAAUUUGUCAUGGCAAUUGCUUGCUAUGUUUCAUGCGAAUUAUUGCUGUGUUAAUGUCAAGCACAUUUGUUUUAUAGCAAUGCAUGCUGGAGGAGAGCUUGGGUACUUCUGAAAAAAACAGAAUAGUUGUAAUGAAGUUGUGGGUACCAAAUUUGGGGUGUGUGAAGUCUACAUGCAGGAACCCAAAUCAACAACAGCUAAAUUUCGAUUUAAAGCUUUCGUGACUGCAGGGAUUCAUCUUCUUGGUUCUUUCGGUAAAGUCAUCACGUAGAAGGGAAGUAAUAAAAUAAUAAAAAUAACUUUACCGAAAGAACCAAGAAGAUCAACAACAGCUGUUACAAUGAACUUGUUUAUACAUAACAUAUAUAAUAUAAUGGAACUUUGGUUACGUUUGUGCGCAUUGAGAUGCCUUUGAUAUAUCCUAUUUUUGUUUUGACAAAGGUAAGCGAAUAUCAUACCGCAAACUAUACGUCGCCGCGGUUGUAUAAUUGCUGCAUUAAAUAAAGAUUUGGCACGGUGGUUAAAACUAAACAAUUUUGAAAGGAUGUUAUGAUCAAUUCAACGAGAUUCUAAUUGCGGGCGUAUGUAGAAAUAGCAAGAGAUGCGUGGCUGCAUUGAAUUCUUUUUAUAACGUUCGAGACCUUCAUUGCACGUGUGAGAGGAUCAAGAUCAGUGGCCAAAGUGCAGCACGGCAAAUAUUUAACUCGGUUCAUGUUGAAAUGUAAUUUGAGAGCAAAUUAAUUAAUCUAAUGAUGAUAAUUAGGCACUUGAGGAAUGCGGCUCGGGUUCCAUAUGACGGUGUGAUGACGCCGUUAAACUCUUUGGAAAUCUGAUAGUAAAGUGAUUAGCCAACAGCGUUACAUUUCUAUAAAAUGUUUGGGAACAUUGCACUCUGCGACACUUGUGAAUAUUGUUGAAUCGAUCCUUUGUAAAAAAAAAAAGUGUGACAUACGUGUGCAUGAUCAUAUACGGUACUCGAAACGUUCUGCUUUCCUCGGCCUAUGUUUGUGUCUAUAUUCGUAAAACGUUGGUCUGAAUUUUAUGUAAUUCCCCAAACUAUUGGAAAUGUCUGAAUUGAUGGCAUAGUAGUGAUAAAGUGUUUGCCUCUUGGCAUAGUCAUGUGUUGUUUCCAAGAUAUUCCGGUGUCGAAAUCGGUGUUUUCCUAAAUCAUCCAUCAUGCACAACGCUGCUAGUGAAUGGCAACGGUGUUGUAAUGUAUUGCUCCAAACAGCUCACAGCUGUUUCAUUUCACUGUCUUUAUCAUAAUAAAAAUUGUAUUCAA